AUGGACCUCGAAACUCGGAUCAAAGCCUACCGCUUUGUGGCCUAUUCGGCUGUGACCUUCUCGGUGGUGGCUGUCCUCUCCGUUUGUGUCACCCUUCCAAUGGUGUACAACUAUGUGCAUCAUGUGAAGCGAUCGAUGCAAAAUGAGAUCACUUUCUGCAAAGGAUCCGCCAAGGAUAUCUGGAGCGAGGUUAACCACUUGAAGAACUUGCCAACUGGAAACCGUACUGCCCGUCAAUCCGGAUACGGAGAUGCCGGAGUUGGAGGAUCAGGAGGCUCAAGCGGUGGCGGAAGCUGUGACUCGUGCUGCCUUCCCGGACCAGCUGGAGCCGCUGGAGCCCCCGGAAAGCCUGGACGCCCCGGAAAGCCCGGAGCUCCUGGACUCCCCGGAAAUCCCGGACGCCCACCACAGCAGCCAUGUGAGCCAGUCACCCCACCACCAUGCAAACCAUGCCCACAAGGACCACCCGGACCACCCGGACCCCCUGGACCACCAGGAGAUGCUGGAGCCCCAGGACAGCCAGGACAACCCGGAAACGACGCCGCCCCCGGACAACCCGGACCCAAGGGACCACCUGGACCACCCGGAAACCCUGGAGCUCCCGGAGCCCCUGGAGAGCCUGGAGCACCAGCUGUCAGCGAGCCACUCGUCCCCGGAGAGCCUGGACAGCCCGGAGAGCCCGGACCACAAGGACCACCCGGACCACCUGGACAACCCGGGCAAGAUGGAGCCCCAGGACAACCCGGACCCAAGGGACCAUCCGGACCCGACGGACAGCCCGGACAAGACGGAAACCCUGGAGCUCCCGGACAGCCUGGACAACCAGGAGCCGCCGGAGAGAAGGGAAUCUGCCCCAAGUACUGCGCCAUCGAUGGAGGAGUCUUCUUCGAGGACGGAACUCGUCGU